UUUUUCACUUCCCAAAAAGUCGAUAAUUUAAGCUAGAAAAAGGACUAAAACUUAAUGUAGAAAUGCAUUAUUUGACUUAUAGACUAAACCAACUUAACAAAUUCCAACCAAAAUGCAAUAGUUUGGUCCAGUAAAUUCUGUUUAAUCUUAACCAAUUAAAUGCAACACUUUAUCACAUUCCUGUUAAUGUUAUCACAUGACAGAAUAAGCAAUAUAAUUUGUGGUUGGGUGGGUGGAGUGAGGAAGUGCAAAAUAUAAUGCUUAAUAAUCACUAACAUAUAUAUCUAUAUAUAUAAACACAGACCUAUACAUGUAUCUAUAGCUCAACAUUGUUGGUUUCUCAUCUUUCUUUCCUAUGGAUGUGUUAUUGUUGUUACUGUCUCUAUUGGUUACUUUGCUAAGCUUGAAUGUAGUCGAGAGCCGAAAAACACCGGCUGAGGAGCACUAUCUUGAGUACUGUGCUGUGAGCUGCAGAGCUUAUAGUGCCUCAGUGACGGAGUUUGGAGCGGUUGGCGAUGGACAAACUUUGAACACACGAGCCUUUCAGACGGCCGUGGAUCGUCUGAGUCAGUACUCGUCGAACGGCGGGUCUCAGCUUUAUGUUCCACCAGGAAGAUGGUUGACUGGUAGUUUCAAUCUCACCAGUCAUUUCACUUUGUUCCUACACAAAGAUGCUGUCAUUCUUGCCUCUCAGGACGAAAGUGAGUGGCCGGUGAUCGAACCUUUACCGUCGUAUGGUCGAGGGAGGGACACUCAAGGCGGACGAUAUAGCAGUCUGAUUUUCGGAACCAACCUCACUGAUGUAGUCAUAACAGGGGACAAUGGAACAUUAGAUGGACAAGGUGAAGUGUGGUGGCAAAAGUUUCAUAAGGGGGAGCUUAGUUUUACUAGGCCUUACCUGAUUGAAAUCAUGCACUCGGAUGAUAUUCAGAUAUCGAAUCUCACUCUGGUUAAUUCUCCAUCCUGGAAUAUUCAUCCGGUUUACAGCAGCAACAUUGUUGUUCGAGGCAUCACGAUUCUCGCUCCUGUGAACUCACCAAAUACAGAUGGGAUCAACCCUGAUUCUUGCACGAACACGCGGAUUGAGGACUGUUAUAUAGUGUCCGGGGAUGACUGUGUGGCUGUGAAGAGUGGUUGGGAUGAAUACGGUAUAGCUUAUGGAAUGCCGACUAAGCAGCUGGUUGUAAAAAGGCUCACUUGUAUUUCUCCAACAAGUGCUGUAAUUGCUUUAGGGAGCGAAAUGUCGGGUGGUAUUGAAGACGUAAGGGCUGAGGACAUUCUGGCCAUUGAUUCCGAAUCGGGAGUUAGGAUCAAAACUGCUAUUGGAAGAGGAGGAUAUGUCAGGGACAUAUAUGUUAGACGGAUGACGAUGAAAACCAUGAAAUGGGCGUUUUGGAUGACAGGAGAUUAUGGCUCUCAUGCCGAUAACAACUAUGAUCCUAACGCGAUUCCUGUGAUUCAGAAUAUUAAUUACCGCGAUAUGGUUGCUGAAAACGUGACCAUGGCUGGAAAGUUGGAAGGUAUAUCUAAUGCACCGUUUACCGGAAUCUGCAUAUCCAAUGUAACGAUUGGACUAGCAAAGAAGGCGAAAAAACUGCCGUGGAAUUGUACCAAUAUCGCCGGGAUUUCAAGUGGUGUAACUCCUGUGCCAUGUGGCCUAUUGCCAGACCAAGGAGUAGAGGAUGUUGCAGCAUGCAGCUUCCCAGAAGGAAGCUUGCCUAUCGAAGAAGACGUUGAGGUUCAAACAUGUACUUAUAGAAUAAAUUUGUGAUGAUAGUAUAGAAGCAACGGCUCGACUUCAAGGGAACAAUCCAAACAAUGUAAUACUUCCAAAAACUGUUUGUUCGAGAUUUAUAAGCUAUUACAGAUUUUCUGUUA